AUGUUUGAAGAUGUCAAGAAAAGACGUCUAAUCAAUGACGGGGGCUUAAAAGUCAAGAGGAAGCCGGUCUCGAAGAUUUUUGCGCCUUUCCGUGUCAUCGGAAAAGUGUCUAAUGCGGUUCCGUUUGCAGUUGGCACAUUGGGUUCGACAUUUUAUAUCGUGACUAGCGUUGGAAAAACUUUCCAGAUGUAUGAUGCAGGCAAUUUGCAUUUGCUUUUUAUUUCGGAAGAGGAGACUGAAUCCACCAUUACAGUGCUUGCGUCGCAUUUCCAUUAUGUCUACGCCGGCUUUAGUAACAAAGUCGGAAUCUAUCGCCGGGGAAGACUCGAGCAUUUGAUUAAAUUGGUAGACGAUGAUGCGACAGUUACCAACAUUUGUGCUUUUGGCCACUUCCUUUGCAUAUCGACUGCGAGCAAUCAGGUUCAUGUCUACGGAAAGAAGGAAAUUUCGGAUAAGUUUGCAACUGUGCUUCACACACGUUUUUCUAUUUCAUCGUUGCAAGGCGGUGAAAUUGUCGGGCUGCACCAUUUGCCAACGUACCUGAACAAACUUAUUGUCGUAACCAAAUCCAACUUACUUCUGUACAAUGUUCGCGCAGGAAAGCUUCUUUUCAGUUCCAACGAGUUUGCGGAUCAAAUCACCACUGCAGAACCAGCUCCCGUAUUGGAUGUAAUCGCUUUAGGGACGACAAGUGGGAAUUUUCAUCUUUUCAAUGUUCGCAAAGGUCGCAUAACGCGCACAAUCAAAACUCCCUCAAGGAUAUCGUGUUUGUCUUUUAGAACGGAUGGAUCGCCUCAUAUUGCCGUUGGUUCGACUAACGGGGACUUGAUAUUUUACGAUCUGGAUCGCAAGUCUCGCAUACAUGUCUUGAAAAAUAUUCACAGAGAAAACUUUGGCGGAGUGGUCAAGGCGACAUUUCUCAAUGGGCAACCUAUUAUUGUUACCUCGGGUAACGACAAUCAGUUGAAGGAAUACGUUUUUGAUCCUUCUCUCUCCCAAGCGGAUUCGGAGGUCGUUGUGCAACCACCUAGGUUUUUACGUUCUAGAGGUGGUCAUUCCCAGCCACCAUCUUAUAUUAGUUUCGCAGACGACCAGUCUCAUUUCCUUCUUUCCGCUUCUAAAGACCGCUCGGUCUGGACAUUCUCGCUCAGAAAGGACGCUCAAUCGCAGGAACUAUCUCAAAGAUUGCAUAAGAAGCAGGGUGGUGGCAGAAUUGGUGGCAGUACGCUUAAAGAGAAGUUCCCAGAAGUUGUUGCAAUGGCGAUAGAAAAUGCUCGCCAAGGUGAUUGGGAAAAUGUUGUCACAGCUCAUAACGGUGAAGCAUUCGCAAGAACUUGGAACUCUGCGACGAAAAGAGUGGGACGAUGGACCCUGCCUACUUCUGACGGUGGAUUUUCAAAAAGUGUAGCCAUGUCUGCGUGUGGAAAUUUUGCGCUGGUGGGGUCUUCAAAUGGUGGUAUUGGUGUUUAUAAUCUCCAGAGUGGUAUUCCACGCAAGAAAUAUCGUCUACACACUAAGGCGGUGACCGGGAUAGCUUUGGAUGGUAUGAAUCGGAAAAUGGUAUCCUGUGGGUUGGACUGUAUUGUUGGAUUCUAUGACUUCAGCCAAAGCAGUUUUCUAGGCAAGCUGAUACUUAGCGCGCCGAUCACCUCUAUGGUAUAUCACAGAGCCUCGGACCUGUUUGCAAUGGCCCUGGAUGAUUUUUCCGUUGUUGUCGUUGACGCUGUUACUCAGCGUGUCGUACGUCAACUAUGGGGUCACACCAAUCGUAUAACCUCCUUCGAUUUCUCCCCUGAUGGGCGUUGGAUAGUCACUGCGUCUUUGGAUGCCACAAUGCGUACUUGGGAUCUGCCUUCGGGUGGAUGCAUCGACGGCAUAAAAGUUCCCGCCGUCGCCACAAAUGUCAAAUUUUCACCAAAUGGGGACCUCUUAGCUACUACACACGUAAGUGGCAGUGGCAUCUCUAUUUGGACUAAUCGGGCGCAGUUCAGACCUGUUGGGGUGAGGCAUGUUGAAGAGUCGGAGUUUGUAGCAAUUGACCUACCAAAUGCCUCUACCCAAGGAGGCGUUUCCGCCCUAGAAGGUGCCCUUGAAAAUGAUGAUAAUGAAGCUCCGGAACUUUUCGAGAAGUACGAGUCAGUUGCACAAGUGAAUGAGGAUUUAGUCACACUUUCGCUUGGGCCUAGAAGCAAGCUCAAUACACUAAUAAAUCUUGACAUCAUCAAGCAACGCUCGAAGCCCGUUGAGCCACCAAAAAAACCUGAAAAGGCUCCGUUUUUCUUAAGCUUAUCAGGUGGAGCAGUUGGAGAUGACGCAGUGGGAAGAGAGCGUGAUGAUUCGGCUUCUUUACUCAAUGGGACUGAUCAGAUGCGAGUAGACGAAUCUGAUGCUGCUGUAUUUGAAAUGCAAAAGCUCAAACCGAAAGAUACAGCUUUCGAGUCGGAGUUUACUCGCUUCUUAAGAUUGGGGUCCGAGGACACUGACUAUUGUAAAUUUUUGUCAUAUGUCGUUGGUCUGUCUCCUGCCAAAUUGGAGCUAGAGAUCAGAUCUUUGAACUCUUUUGAGCCUUUCGAAGAGGUUGCGUGGUUUCUUGAGGCUCUGGCACAGGGCUUGUCUACGAACAGAGAUUUCGAACUCUACGAAGCCUUUCUAAACAUUCUCUUCAGAGUACAUGGAGACGUCAUUCAUGCUAACAGCUCUCACCAGAAUUUAAAGGCAGCUUUAGAAAAGUGGAAUAAUGCUCACUCCCAGAAAGAGCGCCUAGACAACCUUACAAAGUACUGCGCCGGAGUUUUGGGCUUUUUAGCGACUGCUUAA